AUGAUCUCCGGCGACACAUUAUCAGCGAGAAAGCCCAACGCUGUUCAACCAGAAGAAGACCAAGACCCACCAAGCCAAUCUAUCGCACUCCUCGACAACAACGCCGCAGAUUCCUCCGAUUCCGAUUCCGAUUCCUCCACUAAUCACAUCUCAAGCUGCUUCAUCUUCACAUCUCUCCUUCUCGUCACCUGCGUCGCUCUCUCCGCCGCUUCCGCUUUCGCCUUCCUCUUCUUCUCUUCCCAAAAACCCGUCCUUUCCCUCAACCAAGUCUCCAAGUCUCCAGCUUUCGACAGAUCCGUUGCUCGCCCACUCAAGAAACUCCACAAGCCUGUGGUUCUACUGAUUUCCUCUGAUGGGUUUCGUUUCGGGUACCAAUUCAAGACCAAAUUGCCGAGCAUCCACCGGUUAAUCGCCAACGGAACCGAAGCCGAGACGGGUCUGAUCCCGGUUUUUCCGACACUGACUUUCCCUAACCACUACUCCAUCGUCACUGGUCUAUACCCAGCGUAUCACGGCAUCAUCAACAACAGGUUCGUGGAUCCAGAAACAGGGAACGUCUUCACAAUGGGUAGCCACGAGCCAGAGUGGUGGUUAGGUGAGCCAUUGUGGGAGACAGUAGUGAACCAAGGGCUUAAAGCUGCUACUUACUUCUGGCCUGGCUCCGAGGUACACAAAGGCUCUUGGGACUGCCCUAAAGGUUUAUGUCAGUACUACAACGGCUCUGUUCCUUUUGAUGAUAGGGUUGAUACAAUCUUGAGCUAUUUCGAUUUGCCUAGCAGCGAAAUCCCUAGCUUCAUGACGCUUUACUUCGAAGAUCCUGAUCAUCAGGGACACCAAGUUGGCCCCGACGAUCCUCUGAUCACGGAAGCUGUAGUUAACAUCGAUCGGUUGAUAGGAAGACUCAUCGAUGGGCUAGAGAAAAGAGGGAUCUUUGAGGAUGUGACUAUGAUUAUGGUUGGUGAUCACGGAAUGGUUGGAACUUGUGAUAAGAAACUGAUCGUUCUUGAUGAUUUAGCUCCUUGGAUCAAGAUCCCUAGCAGCUGGGUUCACUAUUACACUCCGUUGCUGGCGAUUAAACCGCCUUCGGACCAAGAUGCAGCGGAUAUCGUGGCUAAGAUAAACGAAGGCCUGAGCUCGGGUAAAGUAGAGAAUGGCAAGUACUUGAAGGUUUAUCUCAAAGAGGAUUUGCCUAGCAGGCUGCAUUACGCAGACAGUGAUCGGAUCCCGCCUAUUUUAGGACUAGUCGAUGAAGGUUUCAAGGUUGAGCAGAAGAAGAGCGAAGCCAAGGAAUGUGGUGGAGCUCACGGUUAUGACAAUGCGUUCUUCUCCAUGAGGAGUAUAUUCAUCGGGCAUGGUCCUAUGUUCUCGAAAGGAAGGAAAGUUCCUUCUUUUGAGAAUGUUGAGAUCUACAAUGUCAUCAGUUCGAUUCUAGGACUAAAAGCUGCACCAAACAAUGGAUCUGUCGAGUUUGCUUCAAACGUUCUCUUGCCACGCGCGUAG